AUGCCGCAGGGCGAGACAUUCCAUCGGGCGGUCUCGAGAGUGCUGUUUAUUACGCAAAUCUACGGCCUGCUUCCGGUUAGCAAUGUACGCGCUUUGGACGUGGCGGAUAUCCGGUUUCGUUGGAGGUCGCCUCGCAUCUUUUACUCCCUGCUCAUUGUGAUUCUAAACCUCAGCGAAUUCGGGGCCGUCAUCAACUAUGUCAUCAAUGUGACCAUCAACUUUCACACCUCCAGCACCCUCUCCCUGUAUAUUGUCUGCCUUCUGGAGCACCUCUUCUUCUGGAGACUGGCCAUCCAGUGGCCCAGGAUUAUGCGCACCUGGCAUGGGGUGGAGCAGCUCUUUCUGCGGGUUCCCUAUCGGUUCUACGGGGAGUACAAGAUUAGGAGGCGCAUCUACAUCGUGUUUACAAUUGUCAUGUCAUCGGCUUUGCUGGAGCACUGUCUCCUGCUGGGCAACUCAUUUCAUCUGAGUAACAUGGAGCGCACCCAGUGCAAGAUCAAUGUUACCUACUUUGAGAGCAUUUACAAGUGGGAGCGACCACAUCUCUACAUGAUCCUGCCCUACCACUUUUGGAUGCUGCCCAUCUUAGAGUGGGUUAACCAGACCAUUGCCUAUCCGCGCUCAUUCACCGACUGCUUCAUCAUGUGCAUCGGCAUUGGUUUGGCCGCCAGAUUUCAUCAGCUCUACAGGAGAAUUGCUGCUGUUCAUAGGAAAGUAAUGCCCGCGGUAUUUUGGACAGAGAUUCGGGAGCACUACCUGGCACUAAAGCGUUUGGUGCAUCUCCUCGAUGCUGCAAUAGCUCCACUGGUGCUCCUGGCCUUUGGGAACAACAUGUCCUUCAUUUGCUUUCAGCUGUUCAACAGCUUCAAAAAUAUAGGAGUGGACUUCCUCGUGAUGUUGGCUUUCUGGUACUCCCUAGGAUUCGCCGUAGUUCGCACAUUGCUAACUAUUUUUGUGGCCUCUUCCAUAAACGACUACGAACGAAAGAUUGUCACAGCCUUGCGGGAUGUGCCCUCCAGAGCGUGGUCCAUAGAGGUUCAGCGCUUUAGCGAGCAGUUGGGAAAUGAUACGACAGCUCUCUCUGGCAGCGGAUUCUUCUACCUCACCCGCUCACUCGUCCUGGCCAUGGGCACCACUAUUAUCACCUAUGAGCUCAUGAUAUCGGACGUUCUUAACCAGGGUUCCAUCAGGCAAAAGACUCAGUACUGCAGGGAAUACUAGAUCCUAAAG